CUCGGAAAAGGGGGGCUUUUUAAAGCGGACCGGUCACACCGGUCCCACUAGCAGUUGUCGAGUAAAUAUUUUUCUCCUCUAGCAGGUGUUGUUUUUGCCGCAAUAAUUAGCCUUGAAAAUGGAAAUUUUUGCCAAUUUGGAGUCGGUCAUAGUGAAGCAAAAGAAAUCCAGCAGCAUCUUUAAUGCAAAUCGAAAAUAUGAAGUCUACCAUCCCAAUGGCCAGCAGAUUCUUCUCGCCUCCCAGGACAAUGACUUCAUGGAUCGGAAUUUUCUACCGGAACACCACAUGACAAUAAACGUUACCACUCCCGAAAAGAAAGUUAUAAUGCAUGUUGCCCGGCCCGAGCAAGUUUUCUGUGAAUCGAAGCCACAAGUUGAUGUCUUUGGGCCAGGAGGCAAAUUUCUGGCCAAGAUCAAGCUGAAGGGCAAAGUUUUUACGGCCAGUUUCAAAGUCGUCGACGACAAAAAGAAUCUUAUGUUUAAAAUCAGUGAAAAUGGGGCUUUGCAGCCUGAGUACAUAGUCACCGAUCCUAGGGGACAGGAAUUUGGUAGAAUCGGAAAGAAGUUUGCUGGAGUUCUACAGGAAAUGUUCACAUCCGCUGACAAUUUCCAAGUCACAUUUUCCAGGACUGCGAAUGUGGAAACUAAGGCGAUUAUCCUUGGUGCAACACUUCUGAUUGAUGCCGUUUGCCAUGAAUAAUAUCAGGGAGUCUUUAAAAAAAAAAUAUGUUACUAAAUGGUACAUAAACUGUUCUUUACCAGAUGCCACAUUCUACAAAGAUUUUAUUUACAACGAAAAACUAAUAAUAAGAACCAGAACCUACCUCAUUGUUAAAUAUUUUUUAAAUAUAUUUUGUAUUUGUUUUAAGCUUAAGCUGAUUUGAACUGUUAGCAUAAAAAUAAGGUCACUUACUAUUGUUAAUUUUUUAAGAACCCCUCUUGAGUCUCGAUAACAAGAAAACGUCUUAAUUUAGGCGAAUAUCCGACUGGAAGUGGAAACCGGCUACAUGACCGGUUUAUUUCGAUUAAAAAUAAACUCAAAUUAACGCACUGCACGCGCAACAAGUUUGUUUUGAAGUUCAGUUCUCAAAAUGCAGGCGAUGCGUCUGCUGCGUUUUAUCUUUAGGCUCGAAAAGUGUCUAACUACUUUUCUACUAAUCAUGUGUAUCUGUGGAAUAUUCGCAAAGGAUCUGCAGGAAUGUGAGAACCUGGGAAAUGCCAGUUACCUGUGCCGUGAAAUCGAGAGCUUUGAACAACUGAGCCGGUAUGUGGGAAAAAAUUGGCGGAGUGUGAAAAUCGUCAAUGAACAGACGGGCCUCGAUAAUGAGUUCGAGGCGAAGCUUCCAGCUCUUUCGGGGCUCAUACGUUUGGAUUUGUCCAAAUCCGGAGGAGUUACCUUCAAUGGUAAUGGUCUCCAGGACUUUACGGAGCUCCAGGAGCUGAAUCUCACCAGCUGCCAGUUGGAGGAGCUGCAGGAGCAGCAUUUUCCAAUUGGCUCUAAGAUAGUGAACCUGGACGUGAGCUUCAAUGACAUUCAGCUGAUAACUGGCCAGAAGAUGAGUCGCCUGGCUAGCUUGGUGUAUGGAAACUUCUCCAACAACCUGAUUGCCGAAAUAGAGCCAAACUCGUUCAGGGAUAUGAAGAAUCUGCGUUUCCUAGACUUUACCACAAAUGAACAGGAGAACAUAACUCUGGGCGAGAAUGCCAACCUGCAGUAUCUGUCCAUUAGUAACAACAAUGUGAGAGAUUUCCAUUGGUGCCGACUGCGUGGAUUACCCAAGCUGGAGGAACUGCAUCUGCACAGCAAUUGGCUGGAAAACCUGGACAUUGGGAUCUUCUAUCAUCUACCCAAGUUGCAGGUUUUGAAUGUCUCCAACAAUAAUUUGUACGAGAUCAACCGGCCUCUUUUCAUGGGCCCCAAGGACCCCAUGCCCCUGGAGCUACUCGACUACAGUUCGAAUAAUGUGAAAGUACUGGAAGAUUCGGUUUUCUGCCGGCUGGGUAACCUGAAGACCCUUAAUCUCUGGCUCAAUCUGAUCAACAAGAUCCAUCCUCGGGCUUUUGUGGGUCUAACUAGCUUGCAAUCUCUGCAACUUCAGGGAAACAAAAUUUCCAUCCUUCCAGAUGACGUUUUUGCCAAUCUGACUUCCUUGGAAAGAAUAGAUUUGAGCAGAAAUAAUAUUAAAAAGUUAGGCGCUCGGGUAUUUGGGGACACUCUCCUGCGGCACUUCACCAUGUUGGACUUGAGUAAUAAUAAUAUCAUGGAUCUACAUCCUUUGGCCCUCUCCUCACUGCCAUUUCUAAUGGAACUGCGACUGAAAAGAAACCGUUUGGUCAGUCUCGAUAUUCGACUCUUCGCUCCCAUGCGGCGUCUGCAGUUCCUGACCCUCGGUGAGAAUCGCCUGGAGGAGAUCGAGGACGAUGUCAUAGACACAUUGGACCGCCUCACUCAUCUUGAGAUUAAUAACAAUCGCCUGACAUAUCUGCCGGACCUGAAAAAUUCAUCCUAUCUCCCGAAACUUCAACACAUCAGCGUCGAGGGAAAUCCCUGGCAGUGUUUGUGUCUGGACGAGAUUACCGCCUGGCUGGAUAGACGCCAGGUGGCCUAUGCCCGUCCCAGUAGUGCCUACUUUAGUGGCCGGAAACCCCUCUGCAUUGUCACACCUUUGGAAAAUUGCAUUCGUGUUCUGGAAGAAGUUCGGUCUCAUGCAAUUGUCGAGAGCUACGAGAAGAUUUAGUUUCAAUUUAUUUUAUUUAUUAUUUUAUAGUUUAUUUCAUAUUAUUUAUUGAGUACUUUCUUAUUCAUUUUAAGAAAAUACAUGCAAGUCCCUUCGAAACCACCGAAGGACAUAACCCCCUGUUUGUGUCCCCAUCCUGCUGAUUCAAAACUUAUUUUAUCCUGCGAGUUAAAGAGUAAUAAAUCAAUAUCCACUAAAC